AAUGCUGCCAGCGUCUUGAUUGUUUUUGCAACUCAAGUCAAGUACUUGUAUCCAUUAUCAUGAAUAAAUUUAAAAAAACUUAUUUUUUGUAGAUAAAUUUUGUUGUAAUUAAUUUUUUUCAUAUGUUACUGAUUCUAACAAGAUAAUUUAGUAGUAUAAAUUUAUUAUAGUGGUUUAAAUGCUAUAUAAAUUACUAUAAUUAAAGAAUUCCGACAGUGAUAGACAAAAUGGAAUCGGAAUCGAAUCAAUCUGAGCAACAACCAGAAUCUCAGCAAUUGGAGGAUGCUGCAGCGAUAAAUAAGUCAGUACAAGAUAUCUCUUUAGCUAACCCGCCUUUAGCUACCACAACUAUCGAGACUAGUACUAUGGUGAUACCAGGAGCUGUGAAAGAACUUCAUAAACCGUGCCCAAGGAAACCUAAAAAACGAAAACCCAAAGUGCCCCGUGAUGUUACAGCACCUAGACAGCCGUUAACAGGAUAUGUGAGAUACUUAAAUGAACGCCGUGAUCAGUUACGUGCUGAGCAACCUGACUUAGGGUUUGCAGAGUUAACUCGACAGCUAGCCAGUGAAUGGAGCAAACUUCCAGCUGAAGAAAAACAACAAUAUUUAGAUGCUGCUGACCAAGACAAAGAAAGGUACAUCCGUGAAUGGGCAGAAUACAAGAAAACUGAUGCAUACAAAGAAUUUAGACGACAACAAAUGGAACAGAAAGAGUCAAGCAGUUUAUCUAAGAAAACUAAACAUAAUUCAGCACAAGAUACUACAGUAGCUACUCCAAGCGUCCAACCAUCGACUGAACAAAGUGUCGCUCCCGUCAAUGGCUCUGCUAUGGCUGUGACCCCACAGAUACAACGUCAACAAACUCCACCUAGACCUAGGCCUUGCAUAACGCCAGCUUCUGAAGACUUUGCUGGUGGGGAUACUGACAUUCCCAUAUUCACAGACCAGUUUUUGCAACAUAAUAAGCUAAGAGAAUCUGAAUUAAGACAGUUAAGAAAAGCCAAUUCUGAUUAUGAGCAACAGAAUGCAAUUCUGCAAAGGCAUGCAGAAGAAGUGAGUGGAGCGACAACAAGACUUCGAGCUGAAACGGCGGCUGCAGUUGAGCGGACCGCUGCUUUACUAGCACACAGACGAGCACUGGUUGCAGUUUUAGUUCAGGGACUUCAAUCUCUCGCUUUACCAGGAGGCCCGCCUGGAGCGACAGAAGCUAAUAUCGAUGAAUAUAUGGAAAAGUUGCAAUUACUGGCAGCAGAGAAUAAAACUAAUACAAUAGUUAAGCAAGCUCGUGACAUACUUACUAGAAUUGAAUUGCCUAUUAAUUAGAAGUGUAAAAGUGAAAUAAACACGAUAUUCUUGAA